CGUUUUGCUGCAUGUCUGGGAGAGGUGAAAACUUUCAUGAGCAGCAAAGGGCUCACCUUUCCUGAGCUGGAACAGCCAGAGUGGCUGGAAAAACUCCACUUCAUGGUGGACAUGACAGCGAAACUAAACACGCUGAACACAACGCUUCAGGGGAGAGGAGGCACAGCGCUGCACAUGCUGGAGGAGGUGUUGGCGUUUGAGCGCAAACUGACAGUUUUAGCCAGAGAUUUACAGAGAAGCACACUGUCUCACUUCCCCUCUUUAAGGGAGUUCAAACAAGCUCACGGAGUGAUCAAUUCAGAGUAUUUGCAGUCUGCAAUCACCACAAUGCAAGCGUCGUUUGGUAAACGAUUCCGUGAGUUCAGAGAGGAAAAAACCACAUUGUCCUUCCCCGUCACUCCCCUGACCAUUGAUCCAUCCCUGCUAAACGUGACUGCAUUUGCAGGUGUAAGUCAACCUGCUCUGGAGCUGGAGCUGGCUGACAUAGCUGACAAAGACAUUUGGGUGUCCAAAUUCAAACGCUUGACAGAGGACCUUGAAGAUGUUGCCCGUCAGAAGGCCACUCUUGCUCAGAAUCACAAAUGGAGUGAUAUUGAGAACCUCCCGAGACCGGACAAACUCAUAUUUGAAACAUGGAAUGCCAUCCCCGACACCUACACGAACAUGAAGAAAUAUGCCUUUGGAGUCCUGUCGAUCUUCGGAUCCACAUAUGUAUGUGAGCAGCUAUUCUCCACCAUGAACUGCAUUAAAAACAAACACCGCUUACGGCUCACAGAUGACAGCUUACAGUCCUGCGUAAAGAUGAAAGUGACUUCGUACAGCCCCGAUUUGCAGAAGCUGUGCGCAGAGGUUCAGGAGCAGAAGUCCCAUUAACCAGGUCAAGGCUCCGCUGCAUACUUUGAAAGCCCAAGGCGAUAUAAGGAUGACGGCUCACGGAUUUUUCCCUUUUGUUUGCUGCAUGCACAAUUUAAAUUCAGCUUUUUAAUUUAUUCGAAAGAGACAU